AUGGCUCCUCUAGUACGGUUCUGUAACGGCAUUUUCACUGUCCCAGCCAUACGACGGGCUCGCAAGCGGCCCAACAAGCGCGGACGCACGUCGAUCCGAUUUCCAACACGUUUUAUAUCCAAAAUAUACGGCACGCCCGCGGUCCUCUACAUCUGGCUGUUUGAGGCCCCUCGACUCCCCCAUACCCAGCCCCACCCCCCGAACCCUCACCACGUCACGGAGAUGGUAGCGAUAGCUGUGGGAGACUGCCAGUUGAACACGUCCCGACGCAUUCUCGCCGAAAUCCAGCUCCGCAUCAACGGAUUCAACACAUACGGCUAA